AUGGGUUUGAGCACAAAGCAGGUUUCUUCUAACGGAGGAUUGGACUGGAGCCAGAGCAGCCUACCGCCUCCUCCACCCGACCCGACGGGCAGGAGGCGGCAUCGGACGAACCCGGACCACAACCGACCCGACCCGCCGGUGAAUUGCCCUCGAUGCGACUCCGCCAACACCAAGUUCUGCUACUACAACAACUACAACAAAUCCCAGCCCAGGUACUUCUGCAGAGCCUGCAAGCGCCACUGGACCAAAGGCGGGACCCUCCGCAACGUCCCCGUCGGCGGCGGCCGGAAGAACAAGCGCCCUCACAAACCCUCCUCCGGCUCCGGCAGGGUCAUUAACAAGGUCAAUCCCAAGAAGAUGGCAAUUCAAGCGCAGCAGAAUAGGAAGCCGAAACAGAGUACUAAUUCUGGAGGCAGAGCAUCAUCAUCAUCAAACGACACCGUUUUGUGCGGCUCGUCACUAUACUUCCCGUCGCCAAUGUGCGAUUCCGUCGUCGCUAACUUGGACGGCGAGGAGGGAAUCGGGUUUGUGUUCACACAAGGUCUGAGCUUUCCUAAUUACUCUGCCCAAUCCGCCGGCGCCGUUGCAGGGUAUGCUCCAGCCACGUGGCAAGUUCCGAGCACCGUCAGCGGUGGGAGUGGGGAUAUUAAUGAUGUAGCGAGUCUAGCGACGGCGACGACCACGAGCGGCGGCGGCGGCGGGUAUUGGAAUUGGGAUGUCGACAUGGAUAACUUGUUGGUUUCUUCCGCGGAUCUCAACAUUCCGUGGGAUGAUUCUGAGAUUUUAAAUAAACCAUGA